AUGUUGAAUCCAACGGAUGCUGCCUCUGCUGCCCUCUCAUUUUCAGUUCCAUUCCAAAUGAGUGAGACUCCGCUUUCUAAACUCAUGGAACAUUGUAAUAAGUUUGUACCAGGAGCUGAAAACAAAAUGAAAUUGGACAACCCUAAAUCAGAAGGAAUCAUUCUUCCAACAGACAUGAAUGCAUAUUCACCGUACUUUACAUCUUCAACAUGGUGGGAUCAUACAAAUUGGCCACAACUCUAUCCUAACGUAUCUUCUGCUCCAAACAUGGAAACAUAUCAAAACUAUCUGGCAUCUGCACAACUCGGAGGACUUUUCCAAUCAUCAGUCUCAGCAGUGGCUGCACAACUUCCAAAUUCCGCUGGUGGUCCAUCUGCUCUUUCGUCCACAAUCGCUGCUCAGCAGCGAAACACUUCAAAGGUGAGAUAUCAAACUCCACUCAUUUCGUAUACCUAA